UGCUCCGGCCGCACGUGCAGCCGCGCCGGGGCCGUGUCGCUCCAGUUGGGCAGGACUCCCGGCUGGGCGGCCGCCAUGGCGGCGGCUGUGGCGCCGGCGCGCGUGUUCCUGGAGGUGCGGACGCGGCUGCAGAGCGCGCUGCUGAUCCUGGGAGAUCCUAGGGAAGGAGGAAUGCCCCUGGAAGUUUCUGUAACACCGUCCUCGCUCCGGAUGCAAACGCCCGCAGGCUGCACAGAGCUCUGGCUGCCAGCAGAGGUCAGGCUGGUGCCGUCGUCUUGCCGGGGGCUGCGGCACGUGGCUGGGGAGGGGCUGCACCUGCGACUGCAGGUGCGGGCCGAAGUUUGCAGGAAACUGUUCUCAGUGUUUAAUCAAAGCUCACAAGCCCAAGAAUGCUACACGUUUUACUGCCAGUCCUGCGGCGAAGUCACAAUAAAGGACAGGAAGCUCCAGAGGGUGCUCCCACUGCCAGCUGAGAACUGGGCUGCGCUGGUUGAAGAGUGGUGCUGUCAUCCCAGCCCCUUUGCUAAUAAGCCCCUUCAUCCACGGGAGAGUGACUGUUUCACUGGAGACUCUUUCUUCUUGGUGAAUUUAAGAAGUGAUUUGCAACAGCCAAGACCUGAAGUGGCCCCAGCAGAGACGUCUUGUUUUUCUUCUGAGAACCAUUUAAAAUUGAAACCAAAGGCAAAUACCAAAGUAAUUUGUAAGCGUUGCAAGGUAAUGUUGGGAGAGACCAUGUCAUCAGAAACCACUAAGUUUUAUAUGACAGAGAUAAUUAUUCAGCCAUCUGAAAGAAAUUUUCCCAUCAUACCAAGGUCUCAGUUUGUGCAGAGCGUGAUUGCCCAGUGUCUGGUGGAACUCUCCUCUGCCAGAAGCACUUUUAGAUUCACUGUUCAAGGUCAUGACGGCAAAGUGUACAUCUUGCUAUGGCUUUUAAAUUCAGACAGUUUGGUGAUUGAAUCUUUGGAAAGUUCCACAAGUAUCCAAAAAUUCCCCCUGUUGGAAGACCUACCAAAGGCUGACUCCAGUUCUGCCUGGAAUGCCAUCAAGAUCCUCUACCAGCCAUACAUCAAAAGCAGGAAUGAAAAGCUUGCCAGCUCAUGGGAAAGUGACAUCAGCGUGCACUGUCUGACCCUGCCCUCUGCAACCUGCUUGGAGCUGCUGUUGAUAUUAUCAAGGAGCAACGCCGCACUGCCUCAGUCCCUCCGCUGUAUGAAUUCUUUCCAGGUGGCCUUUUUGAAGAUGUAACUGCGGGGGCCGUCACAUUCCUCUCCACAGCACAGGGCGCACCGGUGGCUGGCAGUCGGCCCAAUGGGCAACAAUGACAGAGACAAGAACCCAGCUAGAGAGUGAGGGCAGUGCAUGGCAGUCUUGAGUUUACUUGUUUGCAUAUAUUCUCUCAGAGAAGAGUUAACUUUAAAUCUUUGCAAAACCCAAGGCUGUGAAGAAAGUCACAGUAGCAGGCUGAGCGAGAAGUAUGGAAUUCACGUCUCCAUUUCCCAUGGAGAGGAGCAUUCAAAUAUGUGCUGAGUCAGCACCACCUGGAGAGAUCUAGCUGGUGGAGACCCAUCUGUCCCGUGUGGAAUGCAGCAAGGCGCUUCGUUGGUGGAACCAAAUGUUAGCUGCCCUAAAUCCUAGGACAUAAACUUUCAGAGAACUUCUCAGCUUCAUAUAAAAACAUUUUUUUUUAAAUAAAACAUGGAAUUUUGUGUACCUUAUUAGGAGGAGCUGCUCAGUAAAUAAAUGUUUGUUGAAUGUGUGAUUAUCAAAUUAAAGGUUUUCCCAGUUAUACAAA